CUGCGCGGCUGCCGAGGCUCUCCACCUCCGCUUUCCCUCCCACCCCUGACCCCCCGCGGGGAGCUCCGGAGGGGAGGGGGGCGGUGACCCGGCGGGGACCAUGUUCACCAGCACCGGCUCCAGUGGGCUCUACAAGGCACCUCUGUCAAAGAGCCUGUUGCUGGUCCCCAGUGCCCUUUCCCUUCUGCUGGCCCUCUUGCUGCCUCACUGUCAGAAGUUCUUCGUGUAUGACCUGCAUGCUGUCAAGAAUGACUUCCAGAUUUGGAGGUUGAUCUGCGGAAGACUCAUUUGCCUUGAUUUGAAAGAUACUUUCUGCAGUAGUCUGCUUAUUUAUAAUUUUAGAAUAUUUGAAAGAAGAUAUGGAAGCAGGAAGUUUGCAUCCUUUCUGCUGGGUUCCUGGGUCCUGUCAGCCUUGUUUGACUUUAUCCUCGUAGAAGCCAUGCAGUAUUCAUUUGGCAUCACUGCGGCCAGUAGUUUGCCUUCUGGAUUCUUGGCACCUGUGUUUGCUCUGUUUGUACCAUUUUACUGCUCCAUACCAAGAGUCCAAGUGGCACAAAUUCUGGGACCGUUGUCCAUCACAAACAAGACACUGAUUUAUAUAUUGGGACUACAGCUUUUCACCUCUGGUUCCUACAUCUGGAUUGUAGCCAUAAGUGGACUUGUUUCUGGCUUGUGCUAUGACCGUAAGAUGUUGCAAAUUCACCAGGUGCUCUGCAUCCCCAGUUGGAUGGCCCAUUUCUUCUCCUGGACCUUGGAACCCAUCUUCUCCUCCUCAGAGCCCACGAGUGAGGCCCGAGUUGGGAUGGGAGCCACAGCGGACAUCCAGAGGCAGCAGAGGAUGGAGCAGCUGGAUCGACAGCUAAUGCUCUCUCAGUUUGCGCAAGUGAGGCGGCAGCGGCAGCGGCAGGGAGGAAUGAUCAACUGGAAUCGGCUUUUCCCUCCUCUACGUCAGCGACGCAAUGUAAACUACCAGGAUGGCCGGCGGUCGGAGCAGCAAGCGCCCCCUCCCCUGGAGGUGUCUGAAGAGCAGGUGGCUCGGCUCAUGGAGAUGGGGUUUUCCAGAGGGGACGCCUUGGAAGCCCUGAGAGCUUCGAACAAUGACCUCAACGUAGCCACCAACUUCCUGCUGCAGCACUGAUGGCUCAGCACAGCUGCCAGGUGACAGUGGCGAGUCUCCACUGCCGUUGCCCUGGGGACCAAGCAGAGCCCGGCACAGAUGUUCUUGAGAGGAGAGAGUGGGCCCACCAUACCCUGUCCUUAGCUCCAAGAUGGUUACUGUUGUAGUAUCAAAACAAGUUUGUCAUUAAAUUAGCAUGUAUUUUCUAUCUUUAUUUUUUUAUUGGGCAUUCUCUAAGCUUGGAGAGUCAUCGCUCAUUCCUAACAUGUUCAAAUGCAUUAAAAUUGCAGAUUGCUGCAAGCAGUCUCAGCAGCACUCCAUCGGGGCUCUUGUCCUGCAGCUACCUGACCGUCGGCGUGCUGAGGGGAGGUGCUGUGACCUCAGGAGGACACGUCACACGGCGGGCUGUGGACUUGUGUUGUUGCCCCGUCCUCAGAUUUGAGUUCACAUCUGCCAGGCAGGCCUCCGGGCCGAGGGAGAAGCCCGGCUCCUCACUGGUCCAGCCCACUCCUGUCUAGAGGGUCUCUCUCCUUCCCACUUCCAUUAAAAACAACAACAAGCCAGUACUUACAUGAGGUUCUAGAACGUUCCAUGAUCCUUGCUGGGGUUUAUUUUGCUUAGAAUCUCCAGGCGUAGCCACUGAGGCCAAGGGAUAAGAUGGAACAAAGAGAAGAGUUGUUUCCUGGAGCCUUUCAGGGCUUCACUAGAGGCCCAGCUCCAGAAGAGCUAAGCCAGCCUUGCCCUCCACACUCAGUACCAGCCCAUCUGGCAGCAGGUUCUCCCUGGCCCUCUGACGAGGCAGGCGAGGUGGGCGCAGGAGGAAGCCCGCUGUGAACAAGGACAAGGUGGAGCAGGUCGACUGCGGCUGAGGAAGCAAAUCAUGCAGCUGGCGUGUUCCGCGGCGAGCUCAGCAUGUCAGGUUGAUGCAAACUUAGGCGUGCGAUAUUACAAUAAAGUUUUUGACGUGUUUUA